UUUCUGAAAGGUCGACUUUCCUAGCGACUUUUUCUCGAGCGACAGUAUUCGAAUUUCGAACUCUGUAGUGUGUAACAUUCUCAAAUUUAGCAAAAAUGGCGUUUCAAAUAAGCUUUUUUAUUCUGUUGUCAGUGGUCGCUUUGGUUGGCGCUUUUUUCCCUCGCAGCGCCUUUCAGCGGGACUUUCACAGACGCGUCGCGAAAGAUUUUGAAUCUUCCGGGAACGGACCAGACGAACCUCUUCGGGGAUCUGUCAGAGUUGUCAAACUAAGCCCUCAUUUUCUGCGACGGUCCGCCGGUAGUCACGUGUCGUCCAAAAACUCACCGAGUCGAGGCGCGUUCCCCGCGUUCUUGGCUCUCGGACGUCCCGGUCCUUCAGUCCUGGCCCAUGACAAACCUGCGGCCCUGCUCCCUCAGGUGAGUGCGAGCAGCACCAGCGCAGACGCCAGGAGGAAACAGGGUCUGGAGAUGUGGCAGAAAGUCAUGCACAAAAGCGAGCGAAGCAAAGAUAGCUGUGCCGCAGUUCCCUUCACACAGCGCAUAACGGAGGACGGUUGUGAGACGGUGACGGUUCACAAUAAUCUCUGCUACGGUCAGUGCAGCUCCAUGUUCGUCCCCUCCAGCGGAGAGUCUCGUGGACAGCAAGGAGCCCAGUGCGCGCGCUGCGGGCCCUCUAAAUCGCGCUCUGUGCUCGUGCCCCUGCGCUGCGGGACAGAGGUGCGCGAGAGGCGCGUCGUGAUCGUUGAGGAGUGCAAAUGCGAAACAAGAAGUGAAGAGGUCAAAGUGCAUAACACUGAAAUGUUUCAUUUAUUGCAGACAUUUUUUUUUUUACUUUCUAAUUUUUAAGUGCACCGAUGGUGUGUGUAUUUAUAGGAUUACCAAGCCACAUAAAUGUGGAAGAUUUGUGUCGUGUGUCUGAAGAGUGACCGAGAUUCGGUUCGGAAUGUGUUAAAAUACAGGGAAUCUCUUUCUGUAAACUGCCGUCUGAUAUUCAGCGGUAUCGUAUGUUUGUGUUAACUGAAAUGACGAUGCUGCUCUUGAGUUAAUUUUAUGUUUUUACAGAAUCAGUAAUUUUAUGGUUACUUGUAAUUUCAUAGUUUUACCGAUAAGUGUCGCUGUUGCAUGAAUAUGAUUUCAGCAUUUUUUUUAACUUUAGUUUAUUCUGUUGUGUUUAUAAAGAAUUAUUUGAAUUAAGGUAAACUAAAAAGUGGCGAAUAAAAGUAUAUUUGGUUACACUUUAUUUUUUGGUGUGUCUUUUUUUAAGUUGUAUUUAUAUUUUUGAGCAGAGUAAUGUUAAUUUACUGUGUACUUACUGAAUGGUUAGGGUUAGGAUUAGGGUUUGGCUUUGGGUUACUUGCAUGUAAUUAUAUAGGCUACAAUUUAUUGUUAUGAUCGCCUAAUUGUAAGUAUGUAAUAUGUGUAACAAGGACACCUUAAAAUAAAGUGUUACCGUAGCCUAUAUGUGUUGUAUUUUGUGAGAUGUAGGCUAUAUUUGAGUCUGGUGGCAUUAUCAAAGAAUUUAGUUCUUAAAUUUUCGAAGAAUAUGAAAUAUAAUCAGUUAAACUGUGCAAGCAACAAAUAGGCUACACCACGCAAAGUGGAGCAGUUUUAAAUGAAAAAGGUGCUAAAUCAAUAAAACACCUGAAAGAAAACCUAUAAUCUAAGCCUGUAUGUUUUUGUUUAAAUGCCUCCUAAUUCAUUUUUAUUCAUAACAGUAAACUAAGCAAAUUACAGAAUAUGUAUGUAGCUUCUUUGUGCUUGCUGUUGUAUUUUAUUUAUAGCUAUAGACAAUUAUUAUAGGCCUAUAUUAUUGGAAGUUCAUUAACCAAUGGGUUCUAUAUAGGCCUAGCUAACUUGUGGUGGGCUAUAGAAAAUAGACUACGUAUUGAUUGCCUUGCAGCUUAGGUAAACAAUAAAAGCAAGAACCUAGUUUGCUGCUUUAAUGAGACUAUCGUUUACCAUCAAAAUGCACUUUAAGUGUUGUAAGACUGCUGCCUAAUCACUCUUUUCAAAACUGUGGGAAUCGUCUUCUCCCUUAU